AUGAUCGAACUUAUGCGACUACGCCAACAGGUUGAGCAACUCAGCCUUGAACGCCAAAUACUUAUGUCAGGACAAAAAGACUUAGGAGAGAUCACCAAGCCUAAGGCACCAGGACCCUAUGACAGCAACCCAAGAAUGCUCCAAGAAUUCUUAACCCAGCUCAGGGCGUACCACCGAUUCUACCCAAACAAGUUAACCGAUGUGCAAGCAAAAGUGCUACACGCUGGAGGAUAUAUAACGGGCACCGCGCUCACAUGGUUUGAACCAAUUAUACGAGACUAUCUCACCAACGCAAGAGAUGAUCAAGAAGACAAAACAAAAGAAAUAUUUGCCAACUAUAAGAAAUUCAAAAAAGCAAUCAAAAAAACAUUUAGAUCAACCGACAAAGUAAGGACCGCAAUCAUUCACAUAGAUCAACUCAGACAAAAAGGAUCUACAUCGGAUUAUACGGCACGUUUCAGACAAGUCACCUCAGUACUAGACUGGGAAGAUGAGCCACUCAUGUCAGCCUUCUUUAAAGGACUGAAAGAAGAAAUCAAGGACAAACUGUACAAAGAAGACAUACCAAACAACUUCUCAGACUAUAUGGCAAUAGCAGUUCAAAUCGAUAACAGACAGUAUCAGCGACGCAUGCAAAAGCAACAGGAAAGGGGAACCUGGAACCCCACAGGAAGAAGAGGACAGCAAGCAAACCAGAAGAGAAGGCGAGAAGAACCUAUUGCCUACGGUCACACUCUUAACCCUGGACAAAUAGAGCUUGACGCUACCAAAAAGGAUAACAGGAAAGAAAAGAAAUGCUACAACUACGGAAAACCAGGACAUUUCGCCAAUAAAUACAAGAAACCCAGGAAAGAAUAG